AUGAGCUCAGCAUAUCACCCUCAAUCGAAUGGGCAAACUGAGGUGAUCAAUCGAGUGAUCGAGCAAUACCUUCGUGCUUUUGUGCAUAAGAGACCUUCCUCUUGGGGGAAAUUUCUUCACUAUGCGGAAUGGUCAUACAAUACUUCCAAACACUCAGGCUUGGGCUUAAAACCUUACGAGGUAACAUUCGAUAACAAACCCCCCACCAUUACGCACUAUGUUGAUGGGAACUCCAAUGUUGAAGCAGUUGAUGAUUUUCUGACAAAUCGAGAAGAAGUUUUUCUGGAACUGCAAAAGAAACUCCUAAAAGCUCAAGAGCAAAUGAAGAAGCACGUAGAUGACAAUCCCAAGAUCACUGAAAAUAAACCAACCAUUACUCUUUUAGUGAUCUUAAGCACACGUUGGGACACUACUGAAAAUGAGCCCAAAUUAAAGGUUUUGGUCCAAUGGGAAGGACUAUCCCCGCAUGAUGCUUCCUGGAAGGAUUGGGAACAAUUGAAGAAUGACUAUCACCUUGAGGACAAGGUGCUUCUAGAUGGCAUAGGGAGUGAUGGAAAGCAGGACUUACAGAAGGAAGAAACAGGCCUGCUAAGGCCCAAAAGGAAAACAGGUCCACCAAAGCACCUCAAGGACUAUGUGUGGCUGAUAAUGGAAAGUGCUUAG